AUGGACGACGACAGCAGCAGUCUCGAGCGAAACUCCUCGAGGCAGAGGCUGCUCGAUGCGCCGGAGGAUGCGACAACGACACCCCGAGCGGCCGGACUAGCGAGACAUACACUUGGUUUGAUCCUUCUGCUAUGUGUGGUGUUCUUGUGGACCAUGUCCAACUUCCUAGGAAGUAGUCUUUUCGCCGACCGAACAUACGCAAAGCCCUUUUUCCUCACCUAUCUCAAUACCUCAAUGUUCAUGCUGGCCAUGGUCCCGACGCUCUUUCGGAUUGCAUACAGAAGACAGCGCAAGCAUGGAGAUUUGUACAUGAGGUUGCGGUCGGUGUUUUCACGACGGAGGAGUUAUGGACGUCCACAACGAGAAGCAAUAGACUCCGAAGACUCGGAGUCGGCGGCCUUUACAGGGCGCGCGAAGUCGCCCUCCCGAAUCUUGGAUGAUAGCAACGCCGACGGCCAUGACGGGCAGGGCAAGCAGAAGCACCUGGGCAUCGCACCUACUGCUCGUCUCUCCCUCACAUUUUGUUUUCUAUGGUUCGGCGCCAAUUACUUCGCCAUGUCCUGUCUACAACACACCACGGUCGCUUCUACCACCAUUCUGACAUCGACAUCGAGUUUUUGGACGUUGCUGAUCGGCGCUCUCACUCGCACCGAGAAAUUCACGUGGAGGAAAUUGUGCGGUGUACUGGGCUCUUUGGUCGGAAUCAUCCUCAUUUCGCAGGUCGAUCUCUCGGCACCCACCGCUGACAACGACACCGGCGGCAGGAGGUCACUUUUCGUCCGGGCUGAAGACACAUUCCCAGACAAAUCCCCAUCCGAAAUCGCAUUCGGAGACGCCCUGGCUUUGCUGUCUGCUAUCAUCUACGGCGUCUAUACUGUUACCCUGAAAAAGACGACGGUGAAAGCACUCCCGCGUUCGCUGAAUAUGCCCCUCUUUUUUGGGUUGGUAGGAGUGUUCAACCUGAUACUUCUGUUUCCGCUGUUCCCUGUCCUGCAUUACACCGGGAUCGAGCGUUUCCGACUUCCUCCAAGCCGGCGCAUCUGGACAAUCCUGCUCGUUAACAGCGUGAGUAGUCUGCUCAGCGACAUCUGCUGGGCUUAUGCCAUGGUCUUGACAAGCCCGUUGGUGGUGACUGUGGGGUUGAGUUUGACGAUCCCUUUGAGUCUAGUCGGAGAGAUGGUUCUGCAAGGCCACUAUGAGGGAUGGAUUUAUUGGCUAGGGGCUGCGGUUGUGGUGGGGAGUUUUCUGUUUGUCGAUCACGAGGAGAGGGAGGAAGAGACAGGGAGCGAACCUGUGGCGGCUGAGGUGCAAGGAAGGGAUGCUGAGAGCAAUCAUGCGCUUCGCCCAGAGGACCGACAACAGCCAUCGGGCUCUAGUGGUGGAGGAAUGCAUCGAUGUGAUAACGAUGAUGAAUCUUGA